UUGGAGAAAAAAAGACAGAGUGGCCCGCCGUUGCCCUGAAGCGGAACGCUGAGCCAGGAAAGCGUCGUCCGAUUUUUGAACGCCGAGCCGGACGAUUGCACGUCAAGCUCGCCGGAUCGUCCCAGUCCCGUUCCUUCGUUUAAAUGUAUGACAUUUCAGUUCAAUUCAAAACCCCCUUUUAGCCGUUAUUCUUGUGUUUUGUUGCACAGCGUUGUCGCUUGCGUGCGCCCCGUCGGUGCUCGGGCUCCUCGCCUUACUUUCGGGGCAUUUGUUGGAUAACGACAAGCUCGUCUAGUCGCGGGUCGCCGUCGCCGUCGCUCUCGACGCGUUCACUAACGCAAGGCUUUUCCUCCGCCGGCCAUCCGGUCAGUUGUUUCACGAUGAAGAUCGACAGCAGCCUGAGCGCGCCGCAGCUGCCCGAGUCUUUGUCCCAGGCCGGUCUUCAGUUCACCGUGGCCACCGAGGAGGACUUUGACGACAUCAUGGCUAUAAGCCAGGACAUUUACGGAGGCCUGGACUACCUGCCCACCAGGUACAGCAGCUGGCUGCAGGAAACCAACCGCACCGUCGUCCUGGCACGAAAACAGGGAAAAGUGAUCGCCCUGGAGUCGGUAUGCGUGAUUGACGAAGGCGAGACCGUGCUGGUGGAGGGUCUCCGCGUCGCCCCCCAGGAAAGGGGCAAGGGCGUGGCGGGAGUCCUGCUGCGCUUUUGCUGCGAGCUGGUCAAGUCCAAAUACCCCGAGGUGAAAGUCAGCCGCCUGACCCGCGACGAUCAACUGGGGCCCAAGGACUUCCAGAAGUACCGCAUCAUAACCAAGCAGGGCAUCCUGCUGGUGCGUUUCCGAGCGGAGGACCUCAAGUGCCGGCUUUCGGACCUCGGCGGAGGAGAAACCCAGUCGCCAAAGGCUCCUCCGAUACGGCUGGACCGGGCCGCCGCCCGUCGGCUCUUUCUGGCAAACGACUCGAUGCGUGGGGUGCUCCCGAACGCCACCAUCAUUCAAGAUUGGCAGCCUUUCAAGCCCGUGCCCGGUAACAUGGCCAUCUUGAUGAAGAAGGACAUCGACUGGAUGGUGGACGACGCAUCCGAGCCGAGCGUCGGAAGCCUGUGUACUUUCCCCUUUCGGGUCCCCAUCGGAGAAGACUGGUACUACCUGAACAUCGACAUGUUUGGCAAAGACCUGGAUCUGGUCCGCCAGCAGUUCCUGAGCCACCUGCAGCGCCACACGGCCACCUUGAAGGGCCACGUCAUGUGCCAGAUGUUCCUGGACCCGCCCUUGUGGCAGCCCAUGGCCAAUUUUUGCCGCGACGCUCUGAGCGUGGAGCUGGUGAAGGAGUACACGGAGCAAUGCGUGGUGGAGUCCGACGUCAUGUAGCCCAAAAGGUCAAGGGAAGGGACGCGGCGUCGAGGGAAAGGAAAAUCACAGAGACUAACGCGACUAGAUAAGCGCCACAGGUCUCCGCUAAUAGUUAGAAGGAGCAGUAUUUGCUGGGGUUUUCUUUCCCAUUACAAGCGGAUGACUUUUGUUUUUAGUUUUUGCCGUAUUUCAAGACGCAGUCCAGUGGAACCCCGCGUUCCGGUCGAGUCCCGCAUCGGCGGAGGCCAUCUCCUCUCGAAAUCUUCGGCUUAAGAGUACGCGCACAACUUUGACGGCACUUUAAAUUCACUUUUGAGAGAACCGCGGCAACGGCUACGAUCAAACUGACAACCGCUAUCUGCUGCCUGACUGCUCUUUAGACACACACCAGUACGUUACUAAUUGCCGAUUUCAGACGUGUUUUUCUUUGUAGACGGGCAAACGGAAAGCUUGGAAAAGGGAUUGCGAGUAGGAUCGUGGCUGAUGUCAAAUUUGGUUACCAAUACGUCACGCGGGCAGUUUUGCGGAGCGCCCCGACAAGCAAAAUGACGUUUGGAUGCGGAAGAACGGAAACACCAUCGAUGGCAUCGGUUGCUUGGCUGAAUAUUUCAAGUGCGACGCGGGGUGAAAUCGCAGGACCUCGGCGGUCAGGAGGAUGGAAAUAUUUUCAAUAUUUUUCUUUGACCUCAUGUCAGAAGGUGUAAAUGGCCUUGAAGAGACUGGGCUGCUUUAGAAUGGAAGGGAAGGGACAAAAACAUGCGCAACUUUCACCGUCGAAUGAAAUCCCAACGCUAAUCAUUUGAAGGACUUACUCGACUCGGAUGCUGGAUCAGGGGCUCACCUGCCCCCCCCCCCCCCGAGGACCACGCGAGUAACCCCUGGGGCCUUCCGAGGGAUUCUGUAGAC